GCGAUCUUGGAAAGUCUGGAGCGUCGGAGAUUGGCACGAACGCUGGCCGUACCAACAGAUGAUGGUCGAGUGCGACAAAAAUUACGCAAGCUUGCUCAACCCAUCACACUCUUUGGCGAACGACCUGGAGAACGACGAGAUCGACUUAGAGAAUAUUUGUCAACAAAAAUGAUGGAAGGCGGUGAUGAGUUGGCUGCAAUGUUGUCUGAAAGUGACUCGAGCGGUGAUGGAGAAAGUGGUGAAGAUGAAAAUGCUGAAAUGCAAGAGUUUUACACGUAUGGAUCUGAAGAGCUUGUAUGUGCCAGACGUCACCUUUUAAAGUAUUCCAUUCCAAGAGCAAAAGAGCGUAUAGCAUUGCAACGGGCUGAGAUUGAUAUUCCUUUUGCUCAACGUAAAAAAGCCAAGCAUGAAUUUUACACCUAUCUAAUGGGAUUUGAAACCAAAAGUCUACAGUUUGGUGACGAGAGACCUAUGGGAUACUGUACAUUUGCACCCAAUUCCAAAGUUCUUGCAACUGCGUCAUGGAGCGGCAUGGUAAAACUAUGGAGCGUUCCCGAUUCUGACCAGAUUGGUGUGCUAAGAGGACACCGUGAUCGAGUAAGUGGACUAGCUUUUCAUCCGCGAGCUACACUUGAUCAGCCCGUCUCAGCUUUGAAUCUCGUCAGUGGUGCUGUUGAUGGUUCAGUGAAUUUAUGGUCACUGGAAAAAGAUACACCCAUUGCCAAACUAGAGGGACACGAAAUGAGAGUAUCUCGAGUUGCGUUUCAUCCGUCAGGUGAAUAUAUUGGAACUGCUAGUUUUGAUACUACAUGGCGACUAUGGAGUGCAGAAACUCAGCAAGAACUACUGAUGCAGGAAGGUCAUUCACGCCAAGUGUUUGCAAUUGGAUUUCAAAAUGACGGUGCGCUUGUAGCUACAGCUGGAAUGGACUCGAUUGGACGUGUGUGGGAUCUACGUACAGGUCGAUCAGUCAUGGUUCUUAACGGCCAUGUAAAGCCCAUUCUAUCACUUGAUUGGGCACUCAACGGCUAUCAAAUGGCUACAGGGAGCGAAGACAAUUCAAUCCGCAUAUGGGAUAUCCGAGCUGCUGCUUCUGUUUACUCUAUCCCUGCACACACAAACAUUGUAUCUCAAGUCAAGUACUGGCAGGCUACGGACGAGGAAGAGGGUUUGUUAGGUAAGGGAUCAGAUACACGCAAACACUUUCUCAAUGGAUCAUUCUUGAUAUCAAGUUCAUACGACGGCACAUGUAAAAUGUGGACAGAUGGAGACUACAAACCAAUCAAGUCGCUAUCAGGUCUAGAAGCAAAAGUCAUGUGUGCGGACAUCUCAGGAGGUAAGAAUUUGAUUUGA